CAUAAAUCAGAAAACUUCAAUGUAAGGAGAGCAAAUCGAUAUACAAUCCUGAAAUCAGCAGAGAUUGUAAAUAUUAAAACAAAGCUUAAAACGCUGUUUGAGUGAACCCUGAAUACAGAAACUGAAUGACGAAGCCAUUCUGGACAUUGUUAGACUCCUCCUCCUCACCACUCUCUCAUGAGCUUGUGAGGCAGCAUUAAUUUGAUUGGCUGGGAAAGAAUGGGCGGAGUUAGUUAAACAUCAGCCUGUGCGGCAGCAGUGGCGCAAAACAUCAACCUGUGAGGCAGCUGUUCUUCACAGGCACCAAAGUCACUUGCACGACCAGCACCAGAGAUAUUAGAAAAGUAUCAAUGCCAGCACCCUCCUUAUUAGGUUUCCCAUGAUGCAAUGACUAUCUGUCAUGGCUGCACACUGAUGUCACUCACAGUACAUGGGUUGAAAUACACAAAUGUAUACCAUUGACUUGAAAUAACCUACAUUACAGCAGUAAGGGUAUAUAUUGUCAAUUUACAAUUAUGCCGAUCCCGGUUGGAAACAGUAUUGACUUCAUUGUCAGACUGCUUGCAAAUCACAUUUGGGGAUGUUGCGGGACGCUGAGAUUCCCGUGCUCCGGGGUUUUCUGAAACCAAGCGGCGAGGCAACUGAAUGGAAGCAGAAUGUUUUCAGCGCUGCAGAGGUGGGUCCCGUGCUGCAGUCCGUUUGAACGGGACUUUGAGGCGGUGCUGCUGAGCCCUCAGGUCCUGGACCUGCUGGGUGGAGGAGACUGCAGCGAUGGAGAUGCCAUUGAUGCCUACCUGAAGGGACGGGUCCUGGCCUACCUCGAUGACAGCACAGAGGAGGACAAGGCUGACGGGUAGAAACAAUAUCUGGGGAGAUUGCCCUGUUGGCCCAGGCGGUCGCCAGCCUUCACCUCUUGGUCAGAGUAACUGGACGGGUCCCCCUGUCACCAUCCAUGUCCCUUACCUGCUGGUCCAGGCCCUGCUAUCCUCACUCACUGAGCCUGGGGCCCUGACCUCAGCCCUGCUCGGCAGUCUUCUACUGGAUGGAGAGUCUGUGUACAGACUGGUGUGGAACCCCUUCCUGCUGCUAGCCAGCAUCAAACUGGUCAACUGUGCUAUCAAGCUGGACAGCCUUCAGUAAUGACGUGUGAGCCUCUGUUCUCUGAUGGAACCCUCCAGAACUGUCCAUCCAGUUCCACCAUGAAUGUGGCUUCGCCUCUCUGACCUACUAUGAGAACAACCCAGCCAAGGAGCACUUCCAACGGGCCAAGGAACUCUCCUAAUUGGCCUAGAGAUGAACAUGAUGGCAGAACUUCCUUGCCCAGCUGAUCCUGGAUGUCAAGAGUAAGGAGGGUACCCCAGCUCCCGAGCUAGACGUUGAGCUGACCCUCUCCCCCACCCCACUGGCCUGCCUGCCCACGAUGCACAGUCGAGCGCAUCCUGUCGUGCUGUAUCACCGCCUGGUACGGCAACUGCUCCGCCCACAACCGUAAGGCUCUCCAGAGGGUGGUGAGGUCUGCACAACACAUCACCGGGGGCAAACUACCUGCCCUCCAGGACUCCUACACCACCCAAUGUCACAGGAAGGCCAAAAAGAUCAAGGUCAACAACCACCUGAGCCUCUGCCUGUUCACACCGCUACUAUCCAGAAGGUGAGGUCAGUACAGGUACAUCAAAGCAGGGACCAAGAGGCUGAAAAACAGCUUCUAUCUCAAGGCCAUCAGACUGUUAAACAGCCAUCACUAACAUUGAGUGGCUGCUGCCAACAUACAGUCUCAAAUCUCUAGCCACUUUAGUAAUUAAAAAUUGGAUGUAAUAAAUGUAUCACAAGUCACUUUAAACAAUGUCACUUUAUAUAAUGUUUACAUACCCUACAUUACUCAUCUCAUAUGUGUAUAUACUGUACCAUCAACUGCCAAUGCCGCACGGACAUCGCUCAUCCAUAUAUUUAUAUAUACAUAUUCUUAUUCUUUCCUUUACACUUGUGUAUAAGGUAGAUAUUGUGAAAUUGUUAAUUACUUGUUAGAUAUUACUGCACGGUCAGAACUAGAAGCACAAGCAUUUCGCUACACUCGGAUUAACAUCUGCUAAC